AUGAACGGUGCCGAUUCGUCCGACGACGAGAAUGGGGUGCUGUACUUCCUUCCUGGUGGCAUCGCGGACGACUCCCCUCCACGAAGGACGCUGGAUAUGUCGAGUCCCGUGCCAAGUUCGUUUGGCUACAUCGGUGCUGCACAAUCGUCCACGACGACCACUCAGAACUUCCGCAUGACGCCAGUAGCAGCCACCGAACCAAACAACUCCCUCCUCUCAGGCUUAGGCGGUGUUGCGGUGCCAAAUAAACCAGCCGCGCGGGAUCGACCACUCGGUGGUGGUGGUUUUGGAUCGUUCGGAGGCUACGGAUACGGCGGACGGUUUGGUGGUUCCCCUGGCGAGUCAUCCACGCCAGCCAAUGGUGGCGGUGUCGGCUCGAUCGGGUCCUCUUCCUUCCUUGGUCCAAACACCAAUGCAGGAGCUGCGUCAUCUCAACCUAUACAGACUCCAUCAUCCUCGACCUUUGCGCGAUCUCCGUUUAUGAGUACAACGACAUCUUCGAGCGGCGGUCCACUCCGCGCCCCGCCUGGUUUGGACAUACCUCUUCCAUCCGCCGCGGGAAGUUCGUUUCUCCAGCCCCAACAUCGCAUGCUCGAUCGAAAGGACGAGUCGCUGCGUGCAGCGUUUGGGUUUCUGCAGCAUUCGUCGCCUGCGCCGACGACCCACCUCGAGCAGCCACCUCCUGCGACUGCCUCCAACAUGUUUGGCCGUUCUGGAUACCAGCAAUCAAACAAAGACUUGGCUGAGCUCAACACCACGUCCGUCGUGGUCGUACAGAAGCCCCCGUCGAGAUUGCACCUCGAGGACCAGCACGACUAUGGCACUGGCAGCAACUCAAUUGGCGUCCACCGAUUUCGCAAUACGUUUCUGGAACCCCCUCCUUCGGACGACCUUGGCACGUCGCCGUCCUCCCAUCCGCCCCCGGUGCCCGUUCGCGCUGGUUCCACGCCGCGUGUAACUGGCGGGGGACGUCCUUACGGCUCGGAGCCCAAGGAGAGAGGCAAGGACAAGUUUCAUGGCAAGCGCCAUGGCUCGCCGUCGUCUGCGUCGUCCUUCGACUCGGACGUACAUGCUGCUCCUUCUUCGUCGACAUUGAACAGUACGCCUUCGUCCCCGAUGCACUUUGUGGAUCAAAGGCCUGUGUCGUCGUCCCCCCACGUGGCAGCCCAGCCGCAGCGCGUGGUGCCUGGCCAAAUUCGCAUCAAACAGCGGGGGGGGGAUGGCAUGUCUCCAAAGAAACCGACGGCGGAGGUGCCAGUGGCCAGUGGGCCUCAGCGGACUAGUUCUCGGGGUGCAGCCACUUCGACAGCUGUGCCGCCGCCUCAUUCCACUCGACGACCUUUGUACCGUGAAAAGUUCCCCAAGGGUGCCCCGUCAGACGGACCGCCUCCCCUCGCAACUGUUCCGAAGUCGGACCGGUCCACACCCCGACGGGGGACACGGGCCGACAAAUCCCUUGUUUCCGGCGGUGCCGCUGCACCUCCUAGUAUUCCUACCGACGUGGCUAGUACUACUACGACGACGACGAAUACCCGUCGAACAGCCACAAAGGCAAAUCCAGUGCAGCAGGCUCGUCCUCAUGUAUCGCCACGGCGGGAGAACUUGUAUAGCAGUCUGUUAGUCGACGAGCCGAUCGCAGCCCCCGUGUUGGAAGUGGAGGGCGAAGGGCCGACAGCACCAGACGAAUCCACGGAUGGCGACGAGAUGGUCUCCCAGGACGGACGAGGUGACGACGACCCGUCAUCAAUUCCGGCGGUGGCCAACAAGGCGUCCAACGUCGAGGACGACAACGUGUGUGUUGGCCGUGACGACUCUGACGAGGAUGGCUCUGCCCAGGACAAUGUGUCGACGUCGGCAGACACCUCCCCUUCCUCGUCCCCGCGAGAGGAACGAGUAAAAGCACAUGACGAUGCAGCAACACCCGACGACUUGCCGCCUUUGGAAGAAGACGUCAUGACCCCAGGACCCUCUCCUAUUGCAUGCCACGACGAAUCGCCCGACAAGCCAGAGGUGGUGGCCUCUGCGACCCCCCCACAGCCGCAAGAGUUUCACCCGCCUUCGUCCGAAGACGAUAUGCCCGCUCGACCGCCUUCGUCGUCCAAGAAGCGGUCGGACAAGAAGUCGCGACGCACGACGGACGCGUCCUCGGCGGCAGUGUCGGGGGCUGCCAAAGGAUCCGUCGACAAGCGGAAGGGCGACGGCAGUGGGUUGAAGCAGCCGUCGUCCUCGCAUAAAAAGCAAGACCCCCAUGGCAAAAACGACGCGGACGCAAGCGGCGCCCAUCCAGCGGGUUCUCCGCCUCCGCAACGAACACCCGACGACGACGACGACGACGACGACUUGUUUGCGCCUGUUCCGAGGUCGGCAUGGAGCGUGGCCAAAUCGGCCGUUGUGUCGACGUGCGUGUGGCUGGUGGCCUUUUCAGGCGCGUCCACGGGCCUUCCCUGGCUCCUUGUGCAUGCGCACUGGCUGGCGUCGACGUUGCUGAGCUUGGCCUUCCACUGUGGGUUUCACGUGUUGUCGUUUGGCCUCAAGUUUCAUCGGUUUGUCGUGCGUGGGCUGAUCUUUAACCGCAACAUCGCAAGCUGUUUUGCCUUUCUGUACCUGUUUCCCUUGUUGGUGCAGUACGUGAUCCCAUGGGCCCCGCCGUGGGCCCCCGUCUGCCUCUGGUAUGCGUUCCUCGUCCAGCUAUUUUGCACGCAGGGGUCGACGGCGAUGGUCGCGACGUUUCGCAUCCUGCUGCCGCUUGUGUUUUUGGUCGAAGGCGUGAGCCACCACAGCUUUCUGCUCGACUUAAACGGCGCCGAGCUGUUGCUCAUCUCGUUCAUCUUGUCGGCGGUCAAGACGGGCAACUUGUACAGUCCAGUGUUCUUCUUGUCCAUGUCCCUCCAGGUACUGUAUCGUCAAGGCUUGGACGAGUUUUGACGGUGGAGACUGUAGUGCCUGUCGGCGGUAUUUUUGGGCUCGGAAAUGUUUGUGCAGUGGAUCCAGCUCGCCGUUGCGCUCUAUUCGUUGCAUGCGAUGGCGUCGGAUGAGUGGGUACGUCGUAGCUCGUAGAAUCGCAGCACGAUAUCCACUCGAUUGUUGUAUUUUAGGGUGAUGUGGAGGACAAUACCACGUCGUUCAGCCAGUCGUCGUCGCCAUUCCUAGGCAGCGACGUCCACCAUCCAUCUGGCACGUCCAUUCAAAAGACGAAGCGGUUAGAUCGACGGUCGAUGGCAGCCGUCGUCAAAGGAAGGAAACCUCGCGCUGCGUCCUCCACCUAGUAGUCGUACUUGUAGACGCAAUGUACGUGUUAGUUAACAAGUCUUGAGUGUACCCGUAACCAAAUCUUAUUGUUUCGUCCGACA